AUGCCCUCUGAUGCCGAGCCCUAUAGUGAGGAUCAUGGUGGGAGUGAAGGCACGUUCCCUACCACUCCUUCUGGAGAUGGCCGCCCAUUUGGUGUUCAUCCUGCUAUCCAUCCGACCCUAGUGGAUUAUCGUUCUUAUGUCGACAUUGACUUUGACGGGUGUCCUCCGGAAAACCCCUUCGUGUUCUUGCGCUACUCACCGAUCACCAUCAGGUCUGAGGAGCUUGUUCGCCACUAUAACGUUGACUACAAGGAACUGGGCAUAUCCUAUCCGAGGCCCAUCGCCAACAUGUUCGAUACUGAUUUCUACCGUCGAUUCUUCCACGGCAAGGUGCAAGAGGGUAGCUUCCGACUGCGGUUUGUGUCGAGCCCUGAGCAGAAGGUUAAGGUGAUGAUUACUAUCACGGUCGCUAGCUACAUUCAAGGAUCUAACAUCACUGGCUUCACGUCCACCUUGUUCUCCCUUAUGGAAUGCAUUAAGGACUGCUGCGACCGCGGUAACUUUGUAUGGAACGACUUUGUCGUGUGCGCGGUCAUAGAUGGUCGACGAGAGUUCAGCAUUGACGCUCCUGAAGGGCCUCGGAGUCUUUUGUCCGAGCUCCAGCAUAUGGGUUUAUAUUACAAUGUUGAUAGUCUUUGGAAGGACGGCGCUGCUAUGGAUCGCUGUAAGAGGCUUUUUGUCGAGGACCGAGAGGCGAGGGCCUUGGGGUCCUUGACGGUCGAUCAUGGCCAACCUGUCUAUAUGCAUGUGUUCGAGACGGUGGUUCAAUUGGGAGGAGAUUCAUUCCCACCACUACAGAUGAUGACCUGCGUUAAGGAAUUUGCAGGCAUCAGCUCAGCAAGUCCUACUAUAAGUCGACGCCCUGAGUGUCAUCUCUGGGCCCUCGAGGGCAUAGCACGUCACUUCGCCACCGUGAGCGAGUCGGAUGAUCUCCAAGUCGUGUUGCUUGACUGUGGCAUCUGCCCAAUCCCAUCGGCCCUCCUCCGCUUCAGUGACGUCCUCAGUCUUGACUCUGUUGCCAUAGUCUCUGGUGACACCAUUUCGGACAGUGACCAUCAGAUACCAGUGGCCCCGGCUCCUCACCUUAUGACUCUGAACCCAGCAUUAGCUGGCUUCCUCAUGCAACGGCGAAUCGACGAUCUGCUCGACGGCAGCUCGGAGACCGCCUUGGGUGGCAACUCCACGCGUGUCAAUGUCGCUAUGUGCGCCUUAAGAUUGGACCGAGUUCAAACAGAUCGUUAUUUCGUCUCCUUGACAAAGACUGGCAAUAGAGGGCCCUACGGUCCCUUCCGAUGCAACCUCUACGUCUCGGACGACCGAGUGCUCUCUCUUGCCGCUGCCCCCGGCUACAGAGUUGAUAUGCUCAUUGGUUGUCGAACCCAAGGCUCACGCUUGAGCGAGAAGUUCGUCUCGGGCUCUGCUGAAGAGUUCAGCUUCUGUGAUUUGAUUGCCUGCGACGAUUCUCAUGGUCAUGGCGUGGUGUACUCUCUUUCCCUUUCAUCAUCAUCCCGAGACUUGCUACCUGUAUGA